AUGAUGCUCAAAAGUUGCAUUGUGAGGUGCUUCUUACCGAAUUCGACCAACAAAUUUCGGAUGUUGAAAACGUAUUAUAACUCAUGUUUUAUCCAUUUCAAUCCAAAUGAUGCUCUUAACUCACGCCAACAAAUUAACACAUAUUUCAAGAACUUAGAUGACUCAUUUUUGGAAAACUCUCGUCUGCGGUCUAUGCAAGAAAUCUUGGAUCUGCCAACUACGGAUAAAUACUUUAAAAUUAACUUCUGGCCUAAAUUUAUUUCCUCAACUAUUAUCAAUAAGAAGGGCAAGAUUCUACAAUCUCUCAUACUCUAUAUUCUUGAGAAAGCAGAAGCUCACUCAACCCCAACUUUACUAGCCAUUCUUAAAACGCUUGCCUCCCAGCAUCGUUUUGAAGAGUUCGAGUCUUUGUAUAUUUUGAUCAAAUCUCGUUUAUCUUCUACCGAUACUAUCGUCUAUUCGGCCGAUUUAUCUGGUGCUCUUUGCCUUUCACCGUUUUAUAAGGAAGCAAUGACUUAUCUUCAAUUAAGUCUUGACCAAAAGUUACCGAUUGCAGGUUUUACUCAUAUCUUGACUGCAUCAGCUACAUUUGGACCUCUUGAUGAAGUGAUUCCACUGCUUCAUAGGUUUCAUUCCAUUGGAUUAAAACCAAAUCCUGAAUUUUAUACGGCAUUCAUUAAAAGAUUGGAUGAGUCAAGUGGGGUACAAUUAAUAGUUCCUCUUCUAGAAGCAGUCAGAAAGUAUAAGUAUGUAUUAACAAACUCUGUUGCCCUUCUUUUAAAGGAAUGGUUUGAGAGAUUAGGCUGGAAAGGGACAAUGGGAGUUAAUCCAUCAAGACUAUCUUGCCCGUCUUGCUUAAGGUACCUUGAUAAGGUACAAAUUGAUUCUGAAACUUGUAAUCAACUUGCUGAAAUAUUUUAUGAAAAUGUUCUAAAGGGAAAAACCUCGGAUGAAUUAUUUUUAACCACUACCCCAAAGGAGUUAGAAUCCUUCUUAGUAUUUCUUGAGACCAACAAGACUCUUCGAUUUGAUUGCGUAAUCGACUUGCCAAAUUUUCUCCACUCAGUAACUCAUCGAAAACUAUCCAAUAUGUCUAUUGAGGAACAAGUCGGUUUACUCUCUGAUCUUGUAUUGAUCCUCCAUCGAACUUAUCAUUUUAAGCGCAUCUGUCUGGUUGGGAAAGAGCGUGCAGUUGUCAAAAAGAAGCAAUUCUGGGAUGCGAUAAAAGCGUUGGGAAAUAGAACUGGAAUUAAUGUUCAAACGUUCUUGGUUGAUCACAGAAGCAACGAUGAUGCCUUCAUGAUAUAUUUAGCGCUUUGGUCAGGUCCUGACUGUCAUCUCCUUUCGAUAGAUGAGUUCCGUCAGCAUCGCUAUACUAUUGGCCCAGAAGGUGCUGAUCUGCUAGCACAAUGGCAAACUGCUCGACAGAUUUCUGUAAAGAACACUCAUCCAUUAAUCUUUAACGAUUCUGUGGUUUGCGAUCCAAGGGUGCAGGGAAAUAUGAAGGAUGGAUGGCAUAUUCCUUAUGAUUCGGGCGUACCUCGUCUUUCUUAUUUACCUCCUACCACUUGGCUCUGUCUACAACCGCCGGCGCAUUUUCUAUUUAACAAUAUUCAGUAGGAUUCUAGUGGUUACCUGUAA